UGCGUAGAAAGGCUGUUCAAUGUGUACAAUACGGAAGCUAACCUAGUAUGCAGCGACUUCGAGAUAUACGGAUAUAUACAUGACUUCCCUCCGAACAAAACCACCCAGACAGAUCGUAUGGCUUUACGCCGUACUUGUCCACAAAGCAUGACAGUGGACAUAUUCCUGAAUCAAUUCAAACUAACGUGCAUUGAAUUUGACUGUGUGCCUAUAGUGGUGACACCGGUAUCAGUAGAAGGUAUGACAUCUAAAAAGAAGCCACAAGUCAAUUAUAUGGAUGUACUGAUGAAAUCAAAUAGUAUCUUCCUACCUCCAUAUAGCACUGGAAGUUAUAGCGUGAACAAGUAUCAAAAUAUAGUAAUUGAUUAUUUACGAUCAAAGGAGGUUGGAUUCGUGCGGCAGAACUACCUAGGAGAUCCAACGAUUAAGAAUAUAGCUUAUGUUCUCAACUGUAUCGAUGGUCACCAGGAUAAGUUUAGCAGGACGAUUGGUGUCGAUACAAUAUCGUAACCUUUCUUACAUGCGAAACAGGUAAACUCACAUGUAUCAAGUAGACGUCGCUUAAGAAUCGAUGAUAUACAUAAGGCAGCAAAUGUGCUAGGGACUACAUUGGCUUUGGGCAUUGUUAUGAGAAGUGAUUGGGUGGAGGUUAAAUCAGAUCUUCUUGCGCUACUACGUUUGCUCAAUAGGCAUGAGGUGUAUCUUAUAAAGUAACUCGAAAAAGUGAUCAAGAAUCAUGCAUCGAUGGAGCCGGUUCGUAGUUAUGAGAAAGGGGUACAGUUGAAGACAAUUCCGAUGGAACAUAAUAUUUUGCGUACAUACAUUGAAUUAGAUGAUGCAAUUAAACAUUUGGAACCUAACACGCCGAUAGAUGUAUAAAUCAUGGCAACAAUACACCAGCUCAAUACGUG